AUGGCGCUCGGCGAAGACUGGCCGGUGCGUCUCGCUCCACAAGAAAGUGCAAGAGGUGCCUACUGCCCCUCUUUAUCUAUUUAUAUAACCAACAAGCCUCGACAACAGCGGAGAGACUCCGCCCGUCCUAUACGCACUGUACCUCCAGCCGUUAUAACACAUCACUACAACCGCGCAGCUUAUAAAAAGCACACGGUUCAUGCUCUUCGACACAAAGCAUACUCAAAUGUAAUAUGUUAA